AUGAACUGUUACAGUGUACACAAUUUUGAAGCAAGUUUUAUUCGCCUGAUUGACAAAGUGACCAAUGGCUCUCGGAUUGAAAUAAACCAAACAGGUACUACCUUGUAUUAUCAACCUGGACUUCUGCAUGGAGGCUCAUUGGAACAUGACUGCAGUCCCAGUCGUAGUAUUGGCUACUAUUUGGAAAGUCUGCUCUGCUUGGCACCUUUCAUGAAACAUCCAUUGAAGAUUGUCCUGAGGGGAGUAACAAACGAUCAAGUAGAUCCUUCAGUUGAUGUUCUUAAGGCAACAGCUCUACCCCUACUGAAGAAGUUUGGAAUUGAUGGUGAAAGUCUGGAAAUCAAGAUCAACCGUAGAGGAAUGCCUCCCAAAGGGGGUGGAGAGAUACUGUUUGCUUGCCCAGUGAGAAAGGUCUUGCAGCCUAUUCAGUUCACAGACCCUGGCAAAAUCAAGCGCAUCAGAGGAACUGCAUACUCUGUCAGAGUGUCACCACAGAUGGCAAACAGAAUGGUGGAAUCUGCAAGGAGCAUCCUGAAUAAAUUCCUCCCAGACAUUUAUAUCUACACGGAUCAUAUGAAGGGGGUCAGCUCUGGAAAAUUGGCAAAUAUAGCUGGUGAGAGCUGUGGCCCUAGAUCGCACCAGCAAAUUCUGCAGGGAGGCUGUGUAGAUUCAACAAAUCAGAGCCUUGCUCUGCUCCUCAUGACCCUUGGACAACGGGAUGUUUCCAAAGUCCUGUUAGGACCUCUGUCUCCAUACACAAUUGAGUUUCUGCGACACUUGAGAAGCUUCUUCCAGACCAUGUUUAAAAUUGAAACAAAGACCCCUGAGGAGGAGCACAUGGGUGGGGAGAAAGUCUUAAUGACGUGUGUUGGCAUUGGAUUUUCCAACCUUAGCAAAACUAUAAGAUAAGAAACAUCUGCAGACUUCGUGAAAUGGGGUGACAGAAACCGCUGCAAAGAUCUGAUAAAACCUGCCUUUCCCCGUGCUUAUUCUGGCACAGGGAAGCCAGUGAUGAUUCCAGUGCAGAGGAACCCAAGCUUGCUGCAUGUAAACAAUAAAGCUGACUUUAGACUGUUUAGACCUGUGCUGUUUAUAAAUGCAAUGCCAGUAUUCUGUGCUGCAUGGAAUGGCUGGCUGGAGUCUCAGCUGGCUUGGGACUCUUUGCACUGUAUUCCACUGCAUGGGACACAAGUGCGUCUUAUGUCCCUGCGCUCUCAAGCUUUAAUGCAGUGGAUGCUCUAGUUUUGUGUAUCUACAGACUUCACUCUUAGCUUUUUCUGAAAGGUUUAGAUAGAGAGGGAAGACAAGAUUGAUCAAAACAAGCUUUGCAGUGCAAAACAAAUGAUCACAACAGAAAUAUUAGAUUCUUGACGUAAUUGCAGAGACAAUAUUGGCAUGGAAAUUAAAGGUGUGACGAUAAUUUUUUGUUCAUACAUUGCAUGUGAAUAGUAUUUGUCAAAUGCUUCACUCCUGCUUAUGUUGACUAAAUUACAGUUUCAUAGGAGGAAAAAAAAUACCCAUCUUUUAAUCUUCCUUAAUGUUAGAAUACUGCAGAAGAGAUCACAACCUAUACUGACUUGUUUUAGCCUCCUCUGCAAAGAUGGGCAUGGGAGGAGAAAACUCCUUGACAGUUUUUGAC